GUUUCAGGUUUCAGGAAAUUAGAACCUCUCUCUCCCCAAAACUUCAAGAAAAGGAAAGAACGAGGAAACCACAAUAAUUUACUAUAUAUAAAAAUCUCCGAGAAGAGAAGUGUGAAGUGAAGAGAACAGAAGAUUGUGAUAAAAGGAAAGAGAUAGAGAGAGUUAGUGAGUGAGUGAGUGAGGAAGUGAAGUAGUAAAGAUGGGAAGAGGUCCGGUUCAGCUGAGGCGGAUCGAUAACAAGAUCAAUCGUCAAGUGACGUUCUCGAAACGAAGGGCGGGAUUACUGAAAAAAGCUCACGAGAUCUCAGUUCUCUGCGAUGCCGAAGUCGCCUUAAUCGUCUUCAACGCCAAAGGCAAGCUCUUCGAGUACUCCACCGAUUCCUGCAUGGAUAGGAUCCUUGAAAGAUACGAGCAGUAUUCUUAUGCCGAGCGACAGCUUGUGCAAUCUGAUCACGAAUCACAGGGAAACUGGUCAUUAGAAUACACUAAAUUAAAGUCCAAGGUUGAUAUUCUACAGAAAAACCAAAGGCACUACAUGGGGCAAGAUCUUGAGUCCUUGAGUAUCAAAGAACUCCAAAAUUUAGAGCAACAGCUUGAUACUGCUCUUAAGCAUAUACGAACAAGAAAGAAUCAGCUUAUGUAUGAUUCCAUAUCCGAACUACAGAAAAAGGAGAAAGCGUUGCAGGAGCAAAAUAACCAGCUCAUGAAGAAGCUCAAGGAGAAGGAGAAGGUACUUGCCCAACAGGGGCAUUUGGUGCCGCAGAGUGAGGGCCAGAACUCACCUCCCUUCAUGCUUUCACAGCCACUUUCUUCCCUCAACGUUGGUGGAAGUUACCAGGAGAGAGGCACAGGAUGUGGGGAGGAAGGAGGUAGAAGGCAAGCCCGGACUAAUAAUCCCAUCCCAACUUGGAUGCUGUCACGGGAAUGAAAUCAAUUAAAGAAUAGAAGAGGAAGAAGCACUCUUCUAAACAAUGGAGUUAUAUGUAAGUGGAAAUCCUAGAUAUCAACUCGAUGUAUCUAACUACUUUCUUAGUUAAUCUAUAUAACACAACACUCUGGAAUCUCUAUUAUCGCUUGUGAUAA